AGAGAGGAGAGGAGAAGAGAGGAGGAGGAGGAGGAGGAGAAGGAGAACAGAGAGAGAGAGAGAGACAGAGAGAGAGAACGAGAACAUAGAAGCGAGAGGACAGAGAGGAGAGAGAGUCACCACGGAGAGCGAGCCCCGCUUCCUGGAACCCCAAGCUUCGCGCUGACUGCACCCAGCCACCCGCACAGAUAAGACAGCUCGCUACCGCUAUCAGCCCCUUGCAGUGCUCUAACUUCUCCGAGAUCCCAGAGAAGACUUUGUGGUAGAGUGCAGGCGGACGUGGGGGAGAGAGAGAGAGAGAAACACUGAGACCUUGCUUCCCUGUGACCAAGAAGACCCAACAACCCACCCUAGAAGGACUUGGGAUUUUUAAACCAUUUUUUUUUUUUUUUUAACCGUCAUCACCAAUCCCCAGGAGCCCUGUAAAGAUGAAAGUUGACACCUAAUUGCAAGAAUAAGGUGAAAAUAAGAAGAAAAAAGAAAUUGACAUUUUCCUGAAAGACCAGACUUGCUCAAUGGUGACGGUACUUCAGGCUGGAGACCAUGUCCGUGAAGGUGAGAUUCCUCUCGCCUGGGGAUGUCGGGACCAUGGGCAGAAGCUCCUCCUUUGCCGGGUUCAGCAGCGUGCAAAGCAGGAAGAUUUCGAAGUCCCUCCACAGAAACUCGAUGAGAUCAAAAAUGCCCGUGAAAUCCUCCAAGGUCUAUGCCACAUUGCGUAAGGGGACCCCGUGCCUGGACCCCAAGCCCCAGCAAGUGAAGAGGAUAUUUGAAGCUUUGAAAAAAGGCCUUAAGGAAUAUCUCUGUGUCCAGAAGGCUGAGCUGGAUUAUUUAUCUGGCCGUCACAAGGACACGAGAAGAAACUCUAGACUGGCGUUCUACUAUGACUUAGAUAAGCAAACGCGCUCUGUGGAAAGGCAUAUUCGGAAGAUGGAAUUCCACAUCAGCAAGGUGGAGGAGCUCUAUGAAGAUUACUGUAUCCAGUGCCGGCUACGAGACGGUGCCUCCAACAUGCAGCAGGCCUUUGCGCUGUCUCCCUUGACCAAGGCUUCCCGGGAGAGCCUGGUGGAGCUGUACCGAAACCUCCAGGAGUGCACUGAGGACAUGUGCUUGAUUGAAGGGGCCCUGGAAGUGCAUCUGGGGGAAUUUCACGUCAAGAUGAAAGGGCUGGUGGGGUAUGCACGACUAUGUCCAGGAGACCAAUAUGAGGUAUUCAUCCGCCUGGGUCGCCAGAGGUGGAAGCUUAAGGGCAAGAUUGAGACUGAUGACAGCCAGACCUGGGAUGAGGAAGAGAAGGUGUUCAUUCCUACCCUUCAUGAACACUUUGAAAUCAAGGUCCUGGAGCUUCGAGGCCUGAGCACGCUGCUGGUUGGCACAGUGACCUGUGAGCUUGAGGACUUUUUCACCACUCGACCCCAGACCAUCGUUGUGGACAUCACUGAGCUGGGGACCAUUAAGCUGCAGCUGGAAGUUACCUGGAACCCAUUUGAUACAGAGAGCUUCUUGGUAUCCCCUGGAAUUAGCAAGUAUUCUGUGGGCAGCAGAAAAGGCUCCUUGUAUAACUGGACACCUCCGAAUACUCCCAGCUUCAGGGAAAAGUAUUAUCUUUCUCUUUUCCAGCAGCAGCAGCAGCCGCCAGGGCCGGAGGGCCGGAGGGACAGCCCCCCGCCUCGCUCUCUGUUGAGCUACCUGUCUGAGAGCGACUUGGGUGUGCGUCUUCAGGGGAAGAGCACCGAGCAGCCCGAGAUGACCGAGAGGGACUCUUUCAGCUCGGACGACCCCAGGGAGACCGAGACGGGGACCUCGGCUUCCACCUCAGACGGGGGCUUCCCACUCUUCGUUCCCGAUGUCUCUGUUGAAGGGGAGCAGCAGGAAGCCUCAACGCCGUGCUCAGGCGGGCUUUCACUGAAGGCGUCCCCAGGAGCUGGGGACUGGCACCCGGGGCCGCCUGGCCAGCCGGAGCUGCUUGGGCCCAGGCGCGGCUCACUGCUCCAGGAGGGCCUGGUGUUGGACAGCCAGCUGGGGAAGCUGGGCACAGCGAAGCCCGAGGAACCCACGGAGGGCCCCAGCCAGUCUGUGGAGAAAGCCUUGCAGGAGGUUCUAGAUUUACUCAAGUUAAUGAAUCCUAGGCAGUCACAACUCCGGGAACUAGAGUACCAGGUUCUCUGCUUCAGGGAUCGAUUAAAGCCCAAGGUCACCAACCAGGAACAUUCAUCCAUGGAGAGUUUGAUGGAGACCAUAUUAGAAAGUUUUGACUUUUUAAAUGCUGACUUCAACCCAGAUGAACUUUCCUUAUUUGGCAGUGGCCAGGCCCAAAGCAUAAAUAAUGAUGGCACUUCUCAGCCUGUGAAGGCGUCAGCCAAAGAGCUCACAGCAGGAAUUCAAGAAUUAGAUGUGCUUUUGGUGGUUCAUCUCCAAGUGUGCAGAGCUCUUUUACAGAAACUGAUGUGUCCCAACUUGUCAAGACUGGUCCAGGAAAGCCUUCUGGAAGAAGUGCUACAACAGAAAGAGGUUCUGGAGAAGCUGUCUGUUCUCGAUGUGGAGAAGGUCAGGAACGCUACGUCUGCUGAUGAGCUUAUUCCUCAGGCAAAGAAGAAGAAGCGGUAUCUGAAGAUGUGGAGUGAAUGUACCGGGCCAGGAGGGAACCUAUUCUGCUCAGCAAAAAAAUUCCAAAAUCAACUAAAAAAAAUGUUUCUGCACAAAAUUAAAGGGCAAUACCCAGGACAACUUGAGAUAGUGUGUCACAGGUUGCUGGAGCAGGUGGUCAGCUGCAGUGGGUUGAUCUCUGUGGGCCUCUCAGAAGAACUCGUCACUUGGUUCCAGUUUCAGAGAUACUUAGAAAAGCAGAAUGUGACCGAUCUGGAGAAACACUUUGCCCAACUCACCAAAGAAGUCACACUCCUUGAAGACCUGCAGUGUGCAGGACGGCUAAAGAAGAUAAAAAAGCUGAAAGGAAAGAGAUUGGGACAACUCCAGCCACUACCCCAGACCUUAAAGACGUGGGCCCUGCUGCAGCUGGAUGAGAACCACCGGGUACGCAAAGCGGCCAUUGCUCGUCUUUCGGAUGCAGCUGGAAAUAGGAGCUUUCGGGAAAAGGCACUCCUUUACUACACUAGUACUCUCUCAGACAGUGAUGCAAAACUUCAACAAGCUUCAUGUCUGGCUCUAAAAUAUCUCAAAGUAAGUGAGUCUAAUUUCUUUACUGAUUGGGGGUUGACAGGAGUUGGGGGAAAAGUUCCAUUUUGGGGAAUAUCCUCAAUGACAACCUAUAGCAAUACCAUUAGAACUGGUCUUCUUACUGUUCUUUAUACACAGCAUUGUACCUUUCCUGGCUUUUGUAAUGUUGUGCUGCCAUGUCCCCUCACCUUUAACCUCUUGGAAUCCUGGAUUCCUUCACAGUUCAGCUCAAGUUCCCCCACCUUAUUCUUUCCUGACUUGAUUCUCCUCAGCUGCUACUGCUUUCCUCCAUACAUUCUCCUAUUUUAUCUAUUUUAUAGCUACCUAUCUAUGUAUAUGUACCCUUCUCUGGCUCUAGACAGCACAGUGGAUAAAAAACUGGACCUUGAAUUGGGAAGAUUUGAGUUCAAAUCCAACUUCAGACAUUUUCUGUGGGAUUCAGGAAAAUAACUUAACCAGCAUCUAUCUUCCAAGGUUAUUCUGAAGAUAAAAUGAGAUCUAAUAGAGUUAUUAUACUUUUCCAGGACAAGAAUUUUAUUUUCAAAGCCCAGCAUAGUGCCUGAUACAUAGUUGUUUAACAAAUAUUUGAUGGAACAAAGAAUCUCAAAGAGUUAUUUAAGAGGGGUAUCAAGGUCGAUUCAAACCUUAAGAAGCCCUCUGAGGUUCAAUUCAAGUUCUUCCCUUAUUUGUUUUGAAACUUCAAUAGAACUUAGCCUUCUAAAUUUGGGCUGGAAUCUGGAUAUGAAAUUCUUUGAGAUCCCGUCAGACAUUGAAGGAGAUGGAUGACUCAGACAUUGCACAACUGAAGUAGCACAGAGUUAACCAACAGGGGGAGCAAACACUAAAGAGUUCUGGCACUAGGAUGGCAAGAAUCCCACAGAGCUGACAGAAAAUGCAAACUAGGCAAGGUCAAAAUAAUUCAAGCAUACAUUAACAAGAAAAAAGUUCCACUGGAAACGAUCCCGGUUAUUUGCUUCCUUGUUCUACUAACAAAAGAGAAAUGGCUUGCAUAGUACAAGACACCUUCGGAUGUGUUCUCUCCUUUGAUCCUCCGGGAUCUAUGAGGAAGCCCAUAUUAUUACUCUCAUUUUAGAGACGAAAUAAUGGCCUAGAGGUGAAGUGCUUUACCCCAAGGUCUUUUGAUGCCAUAUUCAUUGUUCCUCCCUGGUACAGGAAAAAUAAUCCCAAACAUUUAUGUGGUGCUUACUAUGUGCCCGGUACAAUGAUGAGGACUUUAUUAUGACCUCACUUGAUUCUCAUAAUUCUUAUAAAUCCUGUUAUUAUCUAGGGAUGAUUAAGAAGGCAGAAGAUGACAAAGAUGAAGAAUCUUAUAGCCUUAAGUAUAUACCAAGUUAAGAGGACAGGGAGGAACCUAGGGUUCUGGUAGAUGAGAUUUGCCUGCCUCAUGGUGGUUUUCAUCCUAUAUUCAGAAAUAUAGCCAAAGGCACACAGGUUAAAAAAAGGUUAUUAUGAAGAUAAAAUGGCAUACAGUGUUCUUCAGCUGAGUUGAGGAACACAUCCAAAGGCUCUAAUAAAGAAUAAAUACUGUGAGUUUUUGAUCAUUAUAACAAGUCCUGUUAACAGCCGUUUGCUCACAAUUCUUUUAAAGAGCAAUGUUAUAGAAAUUCUUAAUGAACAAUAAUAGUCCUCAGAAUUCUGAGAUGAAUUCCUGGACAGAUUCAAACUCACAUCUCAAGUUACAGAUGCCUGUGUAUUUUUUAUAACUGAUUUUAUUAUUUUAAAAGUUUCUCUUUGUUCACUUAGGGAAUGGAAAGCAUUGAUCAGAUUGCAAGUUUAUGUCAGUCUGAUUUGGAAGAUGUGAGGACAGCUGCCCGGGAGUCAACACUAU